UCCAUGCUUCCAAAGCUACAAGCUCAUGAAUCAAGCAGUGAAUAUGAAGUCUGUCGCAGUUAUUGGGGCUGGACCCGCAGGCAUCAUUGCAGCUCGCAAGCUGUCUCAAUCAGGCAAGUUCCAGGUGCAUGUCUUCGAGAAAGCUGACGAGAUUGGCGGAUCCUGGGCCCCUGGAGGCAUCAUCAACCCGGAAAUGCGUACGAAUCAGUCCAAAUUUACAAUGUCUUUCUCCGAUUUCUCAUGGGAAUCCAUCGAUCAGUCCGGCAAAGCGUACCCUGUGUACCCACAAGCUUCUCAGGUUUUCGAAUAUCUUCAAGCCUAUUGCAAAAGAUAUUUGUCGCCGGAUCGGUUGCAUCUCGGGACAGAGGUCAAAAGCUGCGAACUGGUGCCCAACAGUCAGCAACCGGGAGCCAAGAUGUGCCUCUGGAAGCUGAAGUUGUGCAAGGCUUCUGUGAAGAAUUCGGUAACAAAGUGUUGGGAAGAGGUAUUUGAUUAUCUGGUCGCAGCACCAGGCGUCUACCGUGUACCAAAUCAAUGGAACAUGGACAUAAAUGAUCUUGGCUCUCCUGCAAGGCUACCCGUCAUGCACAGUACAAGGUACCGGACGUUGAGUGAGUUGCAGCAUCACGAACCCCUUGCCGCUCCGGGACGAAAACGAGUCUUGGUGGUCGGGGGCUCUCAUUCCGGCGCAGAAGUCGCCGAUUUGGUGGCCCGACAGCUGUCCGAUAUCAAAAAUGCUCCCGAACUGACAGAGAAUGUUCGAGACGUUUGGAAGAACACCGAAGUGGCACAUGUCAGCUCCCACGAGAUGUUUGGAAUUCCGGCGGUGAUCCGAGACUCUACUGCCUCUUUAUGCACGUUUCAACCGAUUGACUUCAAGCUUUUCAAUCGGUCAAGCCGGCCGGUUGAACCGCCGCCCUCCUUCUCUUACGGACUUGUUACCCCUGAGAAGGUAACCGCAACACGAAAGUUGCUGCAUACUAUCCAAGAUGGCAAUCAAGGUUAUCUCAAUGGGCAUCAAGCCGAUCAUCUUGCGCCAGUAGCUGUCGUCGGAGAUCUCUAUACGCAAUUCGUGAAGACUGGCAAAAUUAUACAGUCUCGCGGAACACUUGAAACGCUUUCACAUCAAGAGGGUGACUGUCUCGUCACCGCCGCCGUCAGAGAUUAUACCACCAGAAAAGUGACAUUCAUCUCAAAUGUUUGUGCGAUUGUUUACGCCACAGGCUUCAACACCGCGUCUCCUUUCUCGAUCUUCGACAACGAGACCAAAACCGCACUCGAAUUUGAUACCGCUUGCUCGGUAGCCCGAAUCGUUCUUGAUUGCAAUUUCUUAACCCAAAACGCUCAAGUGCCGACGUUUGCCUUCGUUGGCAUCAAAGGCGCUUACUGGGGUUUAUUUGAGAUGCAGGCACGCGCUAUUGUGCAGGCUUGGACACAAGGAGAAAGCGAGGCCUCAGAGAGCUGGGCCCAGAAUUCGGUCGAAGACAAAAAGCUCCGGGAAUACUAUCGAGACCUGAGAAAAGCUGCCAAAGAGGGUAGGAAGCACGAAGUGCCGUCCAAUCCAUUCGGUGACGAAGUAGGAGCUAUGGAGCAAGCGAGCCGUGAACUAGAUUUAGAACGCUUCGAUCUAGGGUUCUCCGAGUCGCAGGGAUUUGUAUGCCCUUCACGUUACCUAGAUCCCGGUAGUGAAAAGCAUGAAGCUAUUGCAACGCUGUCAGAGGUUCAGAAGGUACAGCGGGAGGCGCGUGACUCUGGCCGCUUCCUUGCGCGGGCCGUUUCUCUCGGUCUUUUGGGCGACUGGAUAGCUGCCACGAGAUCCACCGAUGGCAAUGGUUCUAUGAACUUCUCGCAGAAAUCCUUUGGCUUCAGAUUUCCGACAGAUCCAUCUUUCACUUCGGAGUAUUUGGUGGACGAGAUUGAAAAUGGGAAACUGGCUGCACGGAAGGUUUACAGAUAUUCUGAGACGACUGAUCGUCUCUCUAUCUGGGAGACGCGAUCUGAUGGGAUUAGCACGGGAUCAUUGGUAGCGACGUUGGAUUUCAACAAUGCAACGCAAGCUCGUGGGAAAGAUACCGCGGUCGCAGUAGAUAUACCAGCGGGUGGUAAGGCAAGUGAUAGUAUCGAGGGGCUGGAAGUUUACCGUUUUCAUUUCGCUGGAUCUUCACUGCAAAUGUGGACAGCUGGCAGAGCUGACUCAACUUCGCCUACCCUGAACUUUACACGGGUGGGCAGAUAG